GUAAAUACCAGCGCGACGGACUAGUGUCCGAAAGUGUUUGGUUUUUUUUUGUUUGUUUGUUUGUUUUACCAAUGAGCUCACGAUAUAGUCCUCUAUAUAGUAAUUCCCUAUAUAGGGAGUAGUGAACGAGUGAGCGAUUUCGGACACAGAUACGAGUUCUCCAGAUUUGUAGAGUUCAGUGGGCUAUAGCUACGUAAGAUAUUUUACGUAGAGAGCAGUCGCUGUAGCUGGGACUUUCUUGCUCUAGUAUAGAUCGUGUGUUUCCUGUCUAGAGUGAAGAGCCAAUUUUGCAGCUGUUUGUGGCCAGAUUCUCGCAAGAAACCGAGUUUAUUUUAGUAAUUUAGUCUCGCUAGGUAACUGGCCAGGAUUGACGAAUAAAUUCCUGCUAUUUACCAUACAGGAGGAAGAUUAUCAACUUAAGUUUCGUACAGGAUAAGAUUAUGGCAUCUAAAACCAAAGCUGGAAAAGUUAAUUCCAAAAGCAAGGAAGAUGCUCCUCAUGAGCUGGAAAGCCAGUUUGUUCUGCGGCUACCUCAGGAGUAUGCCUCCACAGUGAGACGAAUUGCCCAGUCUGGCAGCAUGAAUCUUAAGGACAGACUCACCAUAGAGUUGCAUGCUGAUGGUCGUCACGGAAUUGUUAGAGUGGACCGUGUUCCUUUAGCUUGUAAAUUGGUAGAUUUGCCAUGCAUUCUGGAGUCCUUAAAAACAGUUGACAAGAAGACCUUUUAUAAGACUGCUGAUGUCUGUCAGAUGUUGGUGUGUACUUUGGAUGGAGACCUUUACCCUCCUCUAGAGGAGCCCACUGGGACUGUAGACUCUAAAACCAAGAAAAAGGAUAAGGACAAAGACAAGAAGUUCAUCUGGAAUCAUGGCAUUACCUGCCCUCUGAAGAACACACGAAAAAGGCGAUUUAGGAAGACUGCGAAGAAGAAGUACAUUGAGUCCCCAGAUGUAGAAAAAGAGGUGAAGAGGCUCCUAAGCACAGAUGCUGAAGCUGUCAGUGUUCGAUGGGAGGUGAUUGCUGAGGAUGAGACAAAAGAAGCCGAUAAUAAUUUAUCGCUGUCCAAUUUGGACUCCUCACCUGGAACCUCUGGACACAAGGGGCAUGAUUCUUCAGUGCCACGAGAUGAGUUGCGGGAGAUAUUUAAUGACAUCAGCAGUAGCAGUGAAGAUGACGACGAUGAUGGUGACAGACAUGAAGACGAAGACCUCAACAUCAUUGACACGGAGGAUGACCUGGUGGGUCAUCUCAACGAGAAGCUUAACGAGUCUGAUGGGGGAAGAGAUGAAAACAAUAGGAACAACCAAAUAGUGAUGGAUUAUCAGAUGCAAAUCAACAAUCUCAAGGCCAAACUGCAGGAGACACGAGCACGCAAAAAGCAACAGGAGGAUCUGAUCAUGAAAGUGGAAAACCAGGCGCUAAAGACCCGCUUUCAGGCUCUGCUGAAUGACUUUAUCCAUCAAGAAGAGCGUGAAAUGGAAAAGCUGGCUUCCCUGCAGGAGCAGCUGGAUUCACUGAUGGAGAAAUGACCAACAGGGGGCAUCACAAUCCGAACUCACCGCUGAAUGAACAGUGCUAGAAACAAGAGUGCUAUUGCUAAAUUAAGUUAGUUUAGUGGCGUUAUUAAAUAUCAAUCUAGACUUAACUCUGCCUGUGGUGGUUUUAUCUUGAUGGACUGUUUUUGGUUGCACAUGAAAGGUGGGGUGUAGUAUGUGUUUUUAAUGAAUUUUGUGAUUUAAUGAAUUAUUUGUUGAUUUAAAUAAAUGUUUUGAAAGUGUUGUAAAAAUUUUAACUACAAAAGUCUUAGAGCAGAGGUGUAGCCAGUGCCAUCACAGAUAAAAGAAUAUAUAUCCAGUAAUAACUUGUCAAUUUUUUCAACCUGGUAUUCUGGCCUCCCGUGUGUUGAAACCACCCAGUUUUGCUCUUGUAGUCUUUGAGAUGUCCUGCUCCUUGUCAAGCUCACAACUGCUUAGGAUUGUGUCAGUCAUAAUUUAUAAGGAGGCACAUGUCGCACACUAUGACUGUUUAUAAAGGGGACCCACAGCAUUCCAUCCUAAAUCCUCUUCUGUCAUUUACAUUUUAAUUUUUGCUUCCAUGGACAAUCAUUUAAUUUAUAUGCCAAUGGCAUCUACCUCACUACUCAGCCUACAUCUUUUCACACUUCGUAAAAAUGUUUGCAAAGCAUUUUUUUGAAGUUAAAACUACACAUGCUGUGUAAGAAAGGUUGGUGAUCUUCAAUGAAAUUUAUCAUUCCAUUAUAGUUUUAUCAAAUACAGCCAGUAACCUUGGUAUGACUGAUUUCAUACUUUUAUUAAAAUAAAUAUAAAAUUUGUCAUUGCCCACUUACAUUCCUGCCUCACGUGCAAUGAUAUCAUCUCCAGAAAGAAAGAAUGAACUAACUAAACAUCAAUAUGAAUUAAUUUCCUAAGAUUUGUACAACCUGUUUCAGCAGCGGAGAUGCACAAGCCAGAGUUGCCAGACUUGAACUGAUUUAUCAAUCCAAUCAUGGUUUAAAUUAAACCUAUCAACUGAAAAAUCUAAAAAUAAUCUCAAAUGGCCACUAAAUCUAAAAGUGUUAUAUCAGCACAAAGUUAUGUUUCCAAAUCGAUUUGAUCCAUCCUCUGUGUUCAUGAUCUGGCAAACUUGAUUGAGACGUGCAAUUUUCACUGGUAAUGCGGUGUUUAACAGUGCAGCACUGCAACAUCAAACCUUCAGAAAAGAUCAAGCAAAGAUGUGUGGCUACAAUAUCUUAUGCUAAAUAAGUAAAUACAAGCUUAACAAACAGAGCUUUGCAGUAAAAUAUUUUCAUGCAGGCGGCAGUCUAAGGCCCUGUCCACACGGCAACGGAUUCAGGUGAAUCUGAUAAAAUUGUUUAUCGUUUCGGCCUGGUGUCCACACGGCACCGGGAUAUUUUUUGAGAACGGGUUCCAGAGUGGAAAAAUCUGGCAACAGUGCCGUUGCGAAGUCGUCUGGAUGAGUAGAACGGAUUUGUUUACGAUGAUGUCACAACCACAUGACUAGAAUAAGCAGCACUCUCGCUGUUUUGUAUGAACCACUGCAUUGCAUUCACUUUUGUAUACAGCUUUUCUUUUAAAUAAACAAGUAACUGAA